AGCAUCGAACAGCGAACUGCCUGAUAAACCCCCCACACGUCCAGGGGAUCACGGAAGGGGUGGCGGAGUUGAACUUGAGAGCGGGCAGGCUUGGCAUUUAAAAGGAGAAUAAAGGUGAUCUCCUCUACAGCCACAAUCCACACCUGUUCUAAAUCCCUUUCUUAUGCACGCGCUUGCGUAGCAAAUAAUUAUACCUUGCGAUCAUAAUGGCCUGUUUAAGUACUAGUGUCUGCGCCGCUCUUGGUUAAGCGUUGAGCUUUGAUGUGCACACUGAUCAUAGAUCAGAUUACAUUCUGUUGGUCGCAGCCACCCCCCGCCUUUGAUCUACGUGGUGAUUUUGUCCUCGAUUUGGUAGUUCAUCUGGAGUUCCGCAGGCGAGCACGUCAGGAGUAGGACUGAUAAUGGUUUUGAAUCCGCAUCAGAAGUUAGUGGAGAGAGACGCUGACUGAAACGACCCGCAGUAAACAAGCCAAAAGUUCAGGGAGGACUAAAUCCGUCUCUUUUAUCUGCUGAGCUUGGAGUGGGGUGCCCAGAAUGACCUGGCACCUGGGGAAGGACACACCCUCUCUGCUAAAGCUGCUGGUAGUGUGCUCCAUGUUGGUUCUGGUAACAUCAAAAGAUCCAUCAGAAUGCCGGGAGCAGGAGUACAGGGAUAAGUUUGGGAAUUGUGUAGCCUGCAAGCAGUGCGACGCUGGACAAGAGUUAUCUAAGGAAUGUGGCUUCGGCUAUGGGGAGGACGCCCGGUGCGUACCCUGCAGGGCUGGACGCUUCAAAGAGGACAGGGGGCUCCAGAAGUGCAAACCAUGCCUGGACUGUGCCCUCAUCAACCGCUUCCAGAAGGGCAACUGCUCCGCCUCUAGCAACGCUGCAUGUGGAGACUGUUUGCCAGGGUAUUACCGGAAGACAAAGCUGAGUGGCUUUCAGGACAUGGAGUGCAUACCAUGCAGCAACCCUCCACCUCCUUAUGAACUCCACUGUAACAGCCGGGUAAAUCUGGUGCCUCUCCAGACCACGGUGACCAGCCCCAGGGACAUGGCCCUGGCAGCGGUCAUUUGCAGUGCACUGGCCUCCGUGCUGCUUGCCCUUCUCAUCCUCUGUGUCAUCUACUGCAAGAGGCAGCUGCUGGAGAAGAAGCCUGCCGCUUUGGUGCAGUUCCAGGAUGGCCCAUACAGUGGGGCAGAGCUAUUGUGUUUUGACCGAAGGCGGGUCCAUGAGAUGCCCCAAUGGUUCCGCUGCGACUGCCACCAGGGUGCAGGACAGACCUGCAGGCCGGUUCUGAUCCCCUCACUGUGCUGCGAGAAGACCUGCAGUCGGGGGCGGAGCCGAGAUGCCAGCUCCUUCCACUCCCAGGAGGACCUCCAUGAGGGUCCUGGGAACCCCUUGGAGGGGGGUGUCCCAGCAUAUUUUGGGUCACUUCCAGAUCCUCCCAGUUCCGAUGCCAGUGAGAAGUGGCCGCACAUGCAGGACUUGCCCUGCCCUGCAGGCCUGAACCUGUCCCACUGUGAUGCGGAGCCGAGUGAGAGGGGCGCCAGCCUGUCCGGGGAUGAGCCCCCCAUCCCACAGGCCCCAGAGGUCCAGACAGAUCAGUCCAACAGCCUGACAGACAGCCCGCUCCUUCCCAUCCAGCCGUUGCCAUCUUUAUGAGGGAGAUGAAAGGAGCACUGGCAGACCCUGUUUCAGAUAACACAAGCCCACACACAAAUUCCAAAAAAGUACGCACCACGCUUUCCCUUUCAAGCAGCCGGCAAGCCGCAGCCUUCCGCCACGCUGCAAAGGGGACUAUGUAAAUACAUGCAAACGGUACUUCAAGGUAGAGCACGCUAGAGAGAGUGGAUGCCAGAGCACAGGACAGAGAGGGCCGACGUGAAGCUGCCAUCAGUGCCAGCGGCCAGGGACGCCUUUUCAAAGAAACAGCAGAAGGCUUUAUACGCAGUGUUCCAGGAUGAGAACACUCCACGCCUACUCCUCGGGUUGGUCCGCCAACAGAGAGAGAAUGGAAUCCAGCUGUCUUAAUAUUUGGGUCUGCACAGGUUUUGCGGUUAUAAUCAGUUUUUUUAUUUAGUUGUUUGGUGAUGUGCCUUUUCUCAGCAGCUCUGGGGAAGCUCAGAGAAGUCAGCGUACCCAUGCGUUGCAAUGCGGUGCACUUUGAAGAGAAUACUGAAUAAGCAAAGACAAUGAGGAAUGUUCAGAGUUGUCUGUGGUAUCCAGUCUGUUGUAGAUAAUGUAAAAUAGGAAAUAGAGUCAAUAUUUUUCUUCUCAAGUCAAUAUUUUUGUGACACAGACAUGAAUGCCCAGCAAGGGAGAUAACUUUGUCUAUCUUCAGAAGUCAUAGUGGUUGGCAUGCAUGUGUUAUGUGUAUUUUCACAAUGAUUUUGUAUCAUUUUCUGUAUUUGUAAAUAAACCCUCAA